CUCUGGAGCUGCUGCCGCUACCUUGGCUGCCGUCGCCACUGCCGCGGGUGGCCGGCUGCUGACUGGGCUCGCCAGGAGACGGAGAAGCACUCUUCGGCCCUCCCUAAUCCGUUCUCACACCCCAACUUUGCCGCCGCCGCUCCUGCCCUCGCAGCGGCGCUCGGGCGCACACUGUCGGGGCGCACGCCGGGAGGCUCAGCAAGACGUGGAGGCAGGAAACGGCACAACUGCUCUUCUGCUUCGGCUCUUUGUUGUUAGCUUUGGAUGGUCCUUGGAAGUGUCCUGGCCUCCUCGGAAACCCUGGGGCCGGAGAAGACAUACCUUGGACUUCUUCGUCUGCAAAGGGCUCUGAGAUACUGACAAGCGUCCGGAAAGGUCGACAAGUAAUUGCCCUGAAAACUCCUGGCGGAUUGACCCACGUUGCUUAUAUUAAGCCUUUGUGUGUAGUGUGUGUGGUGUGUGGCUUCAUAAAUUUGGGGACCCCAUUUAGACUCCCUCCUCUUGGCAGGAGACUGUAUGCAGGAUCCACCCGAGGACAAUGAUCGCGGAGCCUGCUCACUUUUACCUCUUUGGAUUAAUAUGUCUCUGUUCAGGCUCCCGUCUUCGUCAGGAAGAUUUUCCACCUCGCAUUGUUGAACACCCUUCAGACCUAAUUGUCUCAAAAGGAGAACCCGCAACUUUGAACUGUAAAGCUGAAGGCCGCCCCACACCCACUAUUGAAUGGUACAAAGGUGGGGAGAGAGUGGAGACAGACAAAGAUGACCCUCGCUCACACCGAAUGUUGCUGCCAAGUGGAUCUUUAUUUUUCUUACGUAUAGUACAUGGACGAAAAAGCAGACCUGAUGAAGGGGUCUACAUCUGUGUAGCAAGGAAUUACCUUGGAGAGGCCGUGAGCCACAACGCAUCGCUGGAGGUAGCCAUACUACGGGAUGACUUCAGGCAAAACCCUUCCGAUGUCAUGGUGGCAGUAGGGGAGCCUGCAGUAAUGGAAUGCCAGCCUCCACGAGGCCACCCAGAACCCACCAUUUCAUGGAAGAAAGACGGCUCUGCCUUGGAUGAUAAAGACGAGAGAAUAACUAUACGAGGAGGAAAGCUCAUGAUUACUUACACCCGUAAAAGUGAUGCUGGCAAAUAUGUUUGUGUUGGUACCAACAUGGUUGGGGAACGAGAGAGUGAAGUAGCAGAGUUAACUGUUUUAGAGAGACCAUCAUUUGUGAAAAGACCUAGUAACUUGGCAGUAACUGUGGAUGACAGUGCGGAAUUUAAAUGUGAGGCCCGAGGUGACCCUGUGCCUACAGUACGAUGGAGGAAAGAUGAUGGAGAGCUGCCCAAAUCCAGAUAUGAAAUUCGGGAUGAUCAUACAUUGAAAAUUCGGAAGGUGAUGGCCAGUGACAUGGGAUCAUACACUUGUGUGGCAGAAAAUAUGGUUGGAAAAGCCGAAGCAUCGGCUACUCUGACUGUUCAAGUUGGGUCUGAACCCCCACAUUUUGUUGUGAAACCCCGUGACCAAGUUGUUGCCUUGGGACGGACUGUAACUUUUCAGUGUGAAGCAACUGGAAACCCUCAACCCGCUAUUUUUUGGAGGAGAGAGGGGAGUCAGAAUCUGCUUUUCUCAUAUCAGCCACCACAGUCAUCCAGCCGAUUUUCAGUUUCCCAGACUGGUGACCUCACUAUUACUAAUGUCCAGCGAUCUGAUGUUGGUUAUUAUAUCUGCCAGACUUUAAAUGUUGCCGGAAGUAUCAUCACAAAAGCGUAUUUGGAAGUUACGGAUGUGAUUGCAGACCGGCCUCCCCCAGUCAUUCGACAAGGACCUGUGAAUCAGACUGUAGCAGUGGAUGGUACUUUAGUUCUCAGCUGUGUGGCCACAGGCAGUCCAGUGCCCACAAUUCUGUGGAGAAAGGAUGGAGUCCUUGUUUCAACUCAAGAUUCUCGAAUCAAACAGCUGGAGACAGGAGUGCUGCAGAUUCGAUAUGCUAAGGAUCACUGCAGAGGUUAUAAGAAGCUCAGAGGGGGUUGCACUAGCCUCCUCAUUCUUAGCAAGAAAGUGACAUUACACGAUGUCCCACCAACAAGUCAGGGGGUGGACCACAAGCAGGUCCAGAGAGAACUGGGAAAUGUUGUCCUGCACCUCCACAAUCCUACCAUCCUUUCUUCCUCUUCGAUCGAAGUGCACUGGACCGUGGACCAACAGUCUCAGUACAUUCAAGGAUAUAAAAUUCUCUAUCGGCCAUCUGGAGCCAACCAUGGAGAAUCGGAGUGGUUAGUUUUUGAUGUGCGGACCCCAACCAAAAAUAGUGUGAUUAUCCCUGAUCUCAAAAAGGGAGUCAACUAUGAAAUUAAAGCUCGUCCUUUCUUCAAUGAAUUUCAAGGAGCAGAUAGUGAAAUCAAGUUUGCCAAAACCCUAGAAGAAGCACCCAGUGCCCCACCUCAAAGUGUAACUGUAUCAAAGAAUGAUGGAAAUGGAACUGCAAUUCUCGUUAGUUGGCAACCACCUCCAGAGGACACUCAAAAUGGAAUGGUCCAAGAGUAUAAGGUUUGGUGUCUGGGCAAUGAAACUCGAUACCAUAUAAACAAGACGGUAGAUGGUUCCACUUUUUCUGUGGUCAUUCCCUCUCUGGUUCCUGGGAUCCGAUACAGUGUGGAAGUGGCGGCCAGCACUGGGGCCGGGCCCGGGGUGAAGAGCGAGCCUCAGUUCAUCCAGUUAGAUUCUCAUGGAAAUCCCGUGUCACCUGAGGACCAAGUCAGCCUUGCUCAGCAGAUUUCAGAUGUCGUGAAACAGCCAGCAUUCAUAGCAGGAAUCGGGGCAGCCUGUUGGAUUAUCCUCAUGGUCUUCAGCAUCUGGCUUUAUCGACACCGAAAGAAGAGGAAUGGACUUACUAGUACUUAUGCGGGUAUCAGAAAAGUCCCGUCUUUUACCUUCACACCAACAGUAACAUAUCAGAGAGGAGGUGAAGCUGUGAGCAGUGGAGGAAGGCCAGGAAUUCUGAACAUCAGUGAACCUGCCGCGCAGCCAUGGCUGGCAGACACGUGGCCUAAUACUGGCAACAACCACAACGACUGCUCCAUCAAUUGCUGCACGGCCGGCAACGGGAACAGCGACAGCAACCUGACCACCUACAGUCGCCCAGAAAUAUGGCACUGGAAACCACCCGGACAGCAGAAGCAAGAAGUGGCACCAAUUCAGUAUAACAUCAUGGAGCAAAACAAACUGAACAAAGAUUAUCGAGCAAAUGAUACAAUUCCUCCAACCAUCCCAUACAACCAAUCCUAUGACCAGAAUACUGGAGGAUCCUACAACAGUUCAGACCGGGGAAGUAGUACAUCUGGGAGUCAAGGGCACAAGAAAGGAGCACGAACACCCAAGGUACCAAAACAGGGUGGCAUGAACUGGGCAGACCUGCUUCCUCCACCGCCAGCGCACCCUCCUCCACACAGCAACAGUGAAGAGUACAGCAUUUCUGUAGAUGAAAGCUAUGACCAAGAAAUGCCAUUUCCUGGAAGGAACACAGUUCUUGUUCACCUCAAGAUCUUUGCUUGUGCCAUGCAUCUUCCUGGAACACCACUUUCCACUCUCCUUUUGGAGCUAACACCCACACGGCAGCCCGUGAGUCCUCCUGCACCCCCGCGCCCCAUCUCCCCGCCACACACCUACGGCUACAUUUCAGGGCCCCUCGUCUCAGAUAUGGACACGGAUGCGCCCGAAGAGGAAGAGGACGAAGCCGACAUGGAAGUAGCCAAGAUGCAAACCAGAAGGCUUUUGUUACGCGGGCUUGAGCAGACCCCUGCCUCCAGUGUCGGGGACCUCGAGAGCUCUGUCACUGGUUCCAUGAUCAAUGGCUGGGGCUCAGCCUCAGAGGAGGACAACAUCUCCAGCGGACGCUCCAGCGUUAGUUCUUCUGACGGCUCCUUUUUCACUGAUGCUGAUUUUGCGCAGGCCGUGGCGGCAGCCGCAGAGUAUGCUGGUCUGAAAGUGGCACGUCGUCAAAUGCAGGACGCCGCUGCUGGCCGCCGACAUUUUCAUGCCUCUCAGUGCCCUAGGCCCACAAGUCCUGUGUCUACAGACAGCAACAUGAGUGCUGCAGUAAUGCAGAAAGCCAGACCUGCCAAGAGACAAAAACACCAGCCAGGACAUCUGCGCAGAGAAGCCUACACAGAUGAUCUUCCACCUCCUCCGGUGCCACCACCUGCUAUAAAGUCACCCACCGUCCAAUCCAAGGCACAGCUGGAGGUACGACCUGUAAUGGUGCCAAAACUCACUUCUAUAGAAGCAAGAACAGACAGAUCAUCAGAUAGAAAAGGAGGUGGUUACAAGGGGAGAGAAGUUUUGGAUGGAAGACAAGUUGCUGACCUGCGAACAAAUCCAGGUGAUUCCAGAGAAGCACAGGAACAGCAAAAUGAUGGGAAAGGUCGAGGAAACAAGGCAGCCAAACGAGACCUUCCACCAGCAAAGACUCAUCUCAUCCAAGAGGAUAUUCUACCUUACUGUAGACCUACUUUUCCAACGUCAAAUAAUCCCAGAGAUCCCAGUUCCUCAAGCUCAAUGUCAUCGAGAGGAUCAGGAAGCAGACAAAGAGAACAAGCAAAUAUAGGUCGAAGAAAUAUUGCAGAAAUGCAAGUACUUGGAGGAUAUGAAAGAGGAGAAGAUAAUAAUGAAGAAUUAGAGGAAACUGAAAGCUGAAGACAACCAGAGAAGGUUGUGAGAUCCAAUGUGAAAAUUAUCACUCAAGAUGCCUCAUGUCUGAUGACACAUGAUGCCAGAUAAAAUGUUCAGUGCAAUCAGAGUGUACAAUUGUCGUUUUUAUUCCUCUUCUUUGGAUACCAUUUUUAAAAUUUUAUUGGGUUUUUAUUGUUGUU